AAGUCUGCAGUAUCUAAAUUUUAAAAUAUCGAUGUAUCUAUAAUAGGUUGAAAUAUCGAUAAUCAGAAUACUUUAUUGACAACCUAUGGCCCGGCACAGGUUUAAAUGCAAAAAACAUUGUUUUUUCUGUAAAGAUGAAGACUUGUGAUAUUUGUGGCAUUAAGUCACAUGAAUCUGGCGAUGACCCAUUUAUGUUCGGCCAGUGGAAGUCUCUUAGUAAUGUGACAGUGCACUAUUUUUGUUUGUUGCUGUCCACUAAACUUCCUCAGCGAGGCGAUGAUUCAGUCGGAAUACUUGGCUUUCUUUUAACUGACAUCCGAAAAGAGAUAGCGCAGGCCCGGCAUAGAAAAUGCGAAUACUGUAGUAAAAUGGGAGCCAACGUUAGCUGUCAUAAAUGCGGCGACUUAUUUCAUAUGCCCUGCGCCGUAACCAAUCGCUGUACUAUAGAGUUUUGUGGAAAUUUUAUAAGCUACUGUGAUACCUGCCGACCCCUGGACGAUUACAAGACGCAAAUACUUAAGAAUCCUCCAAAAAAACAAUCUUGUGUAAUUUGCUUCGAGACGAUUCACUCUUGCUACCUUCACUGUGUUAGCUAUGGCGACUGCUGCAGGCUUGGCUUUGCCCACAUGAUGUGUAUGCGAAAAUACGCCAUGAGCUCCGGGUACUAUCUUCGUUGUCCCUGGUGUCGGAAUUCUAAAUUCCGGGAUUUAAUACGGCUGCAGUCAAUUUUUGUUCCGGAUCGGGAUGCUGCCUGGGAGCUAGAACCUAACGCUUACCGGGAUCUACAUCGUUCUGUUUUCAGAUGUGACCAAGAGGAGUGCAUAUGCCCGAAAGGUCGACAGUUCACCAAUAAAACAUGGAGCAUCUUAAUGUGCAAAUUUUGCACUGUGUCUGGAGUGCAUUCAAAAUGCUUAGUAGGCACCCAGGGUGUUGACAAAAUUAGUGACAUACCAAAGGACUUUAAGUGCACCAUAUGUGUCCAAAUCAUCAAAUCUAGGGCUGAAAAUUUAGAGACUUCGUUGUAUAUUAGAAAGAACGGACCAAAAAGUUCUGAAGGCGCUGCAAUCGAUUCUCAGGAACCAGUUUUUUCAGAUGACAACUGUGUCGAUCCCGGGACUUCAAAUCAAGAGUUUAUCAGCUUGACUUCAACUAGUUUGCCUUCAAAUACGUCUUCGCUGCCGCCACCACCACAAUCUGAUAAAGAUAAGGAGCGCUUGUGGAUACAAAAAAGCUUCAACGUACGUGGAGAACCUUUUCUGUACUUGGUGGUCUACAAGACAGAUGGGCCAAAGUGCUUGGGAACAUGCACUUACAGAUUUCAUGAAGAUGAUCCACGAAUCUCUGACAAAUCUUUUGAGGCAUUGGAGUUAAUAGAAGUCAGCGAAGAGGAUAUAUGGUUCUAUCACGAUGAUUGCCAUUACUGGGAAGAAAACAAGCAUUUAGAUUCUUGCCAACAAUAAAUGAUUAUAAAUUAAA